AGAAGGAGGAGCGAACUGGGCUUAGGGGGCGGCUGCACAGUCUCCUAGAUCCCCAGGCCUGGAGGGGGGUCUGCGCAUAGCCGGCUGGCUCUUUUCCUGCCCAGUCCGGUCAUAGCGGGCCUCCCUCGGGCCAUCCCGAUGGUGACCGGGCCCAGCGGAGCCUGAGCAAGGAACGGGUCCGUUGCGGAGCCGGAGGGCGGGAGGAACAUGACAUCGCGGAGAUGGUUUCAUCCAAAUAUCACUGGCGUGGAGGCCGAAAACCUACUGUUGACAAGAGGAGUUGACGGCAGUUUUUUGGCAAGGCCCAGUAAAAGUAACCCUGGAGACUUCACGCUUUCCGUUAGAAGGAAUGGGGCUGUCACCCACAUCAAGAUCCAGAACACUGGGGACUACUACGACCUGUACGGAGGAGAGAAGUUCGCCACUCUGGCUGAACUGGUUCAGUACUACAUGGAGCACCACGGGCAACUCAAGGAGAAGAACGGAGAUGUUAUUGAACUCAAAUAUCCUCUGAACUGUGCAGACCCUACCUCUGAAAGAUGGUUUCACGGCCACCUCUCUGGCAAAGAAGCGGAGAAGCUGCUAACCGAGAAAGGAAAGCACGGCAGCUUUCUGGUCCGAGAGAGCCAGAGCCACCCUGGAGAUUUUGUCCUCUCCGUCCGGACUGGGGACGACAAGGGGGAGAGCACUGACGGCAAGUCCAAGGUGACCCACGUCAUGAUCCGCUGUCAGGAACUGAAGUACGAUGUUGGAGGAGGAGAACGGUUCGACUCUCUGACAGAUCUGGUGGAGCAUUACAAGAAGAACCCCAUGGUGGAAACGCUGGGCACGGUUCUGCAGCUCAAGCAGCCCCUCAACACGACUCGCAUCAACGCUGCCGAAAUCGAGAGCCGGGUCCGGGAGCUGAGCAAACUGGCUGAGACCACAGACAAAGUCAAACAAGGCUUUUGGGAAGAAUUUGAGACGCUACAGCAACAGGAGUGCAAACUUCUCUACAGCCGAAAAGAGGGCCAGAGGCAAGAGAAUAAAAACAAAAACCGAUACAAAAACAUCCUGCCCUUCGAUCACACCAGGGUGGUCCUGCACGACGGCGACCCCAACGAGCCCGUUUCCGAUUACAUCAACGCGAAUAUCAUCAUGCCUGAAUUCGAAACCAAGUGCAACAAUUCAAAGCCCAAAAAGAGUUACAUUGCCACGCAAGGCUGUCUGCAGAACACGGUGAAUGACUUUUGGCGGAUGGUGUUUCAGGAGAAUUCCCGAGUGAUUGUCAUGACGACGAAAGAAGUGGAGAGAGGGAAGAGUAAAUGUGUCAAGUACUGGCCCGACGAGUACGCUCUGAAGGAAUACGGGGUCAUGCGUGUCAGGAACGUCAAAGAAAGCGCUGCCCAUGACUACACGUUACGAGAACUGAAGCUCUCCAAGGUUGGACAAGCUCUACUCCAGGGCAAUACGGAGAGAACCGUCUGGCAAUACCACUUUCGGACCUGGCCGGACCACGGCGUGCCCAGCGACCCCGGGGGUGUGCUGGACUUCCUGGAGGAGGUGCACCACAAGCAGGAGAGCAUCAUGGAUGCGGGCCCAGUGGUGGUUCACUGCAGUGCUGGCAUCGGCCGGACAGGGACGUUCAUUGUGAUUGACAUCCUCAUUGACAUCAUCAGAGAGAAAGGCGUCGACUGUGACAUCGAUGUUCCCAAGACGAUCCAGAUGGUGCGAUCGCAGCGGUCAGGGAUGGUCCAGACGGAGGCACAGUACCGAUUCAUCUACAUGGCCGUGCAGCAUUAUAUCGAAACACUACAGCGCAGGAUCGAAGAAGAGCAGAAAAGCAAGAGGAAAGGUCACGAGUACACGAACAUUAAGUAUUCCCUGACGGACCAGACCAGCGGAGACCAGAGCCCCCUCCCGCCUUGUACCCCGACGCCCGCCUGCGCAGAGAUGAGGGAGGACAGCGCCCGAGUCUAUGAAAACGUGGGUCUCAUGCAGCAGCAGAAGAGCUUCAGAUGAGAGCGCCGCCGAGGCUCCUGCAAUGUAGACUUCAACUUCUCCAUGAAACGAUCAAGAACAGGUGCAAGGCAGUUGAUGUGAAGCGUGAACUUGAAACUUGAAGGCUUGCGUUGUGGUCGACUCCCCCUUCUUUGAUGAACAGAAUGUGAAACCGUUUAAAGACCCUUGUCUUCUCACCCAGCAACACCUGCCUCCCGGUGACCGCCGUCCUCCGAUGGGAAGCCACCUCUGCCCCUGCGGACAGCGGCGGGCUCGACGGAGUUGUGUUCCACACGGAGGAGGCAGCUCGGCUGUGCCCUCUGCUCUGCAGAUGGUGAUGCUUCGAAUCCUAGUUACUGGCUUUUUUUUUUUUCCUUUGUAUAACCUUAGAACAUUUACU